AUGUGGUCAGAAUCGACUAAUGGUUCGCAGAUACGCGGCUCCAUGGUCGUCAUCAGUAAUCCAGCUGCGAUUGUCGUGCCCGAGGAACGGCACCAAAGUUGGAAGAUACACCACUACUGCACUGCGCGAAUCCCAGCACUAAUGGUGCAAACGGACACGCAGAAAACGCAGCGUACACGGUCUAGUGCUCUCGCUCCCCGCGCCGGAAGCCCGGUGUUUUUCUUCGUCAUCACACUCUGCCAUGAUUGCGAGCGCGCGGAGCUGCCGACACUGUUUCUGGUGGACGGUGCUGGCUGCAUCAUGGUGGUCGGCCCCGACCACGCUGCGGCAUCGUUUGGUGGUCUGCCAGAAGUGUCUCUGGUGGGCGACACUGGGUGCAUCGCGGUGGCCGAAGUUCUCGUCCAAGCUGGUAUCUGGCUUGGAAAGCUGCCGAUGGCAACUCUGGCAGCCAACUACCUCGAUUCUACGACACACCAGCUGCCCGUGGCGAUCCUCUGCGACUCCCGGCGAGCCCUACAAGCGCUGCUGCAGCCAGACCGAGCCGGGAUCACCGUGGUGCUGCUGCACGCCAAGCUAGCCGCCAUCGAAGCUAGCGGCCACCAACAACCGCAGCUUGCGACGGGCUUUGGACCCUUGGUGUCUUCGUGUUUGGGCGUGGUGGUGACCCUGAGCGCCAUCACCAUCGGCCUGUCGGUGCUCAACUACCGCAACGGCGGAGGCCUCCUAGGCAUGGCUCGCAACACGUGGAACACCUGCCACUCCAAGCUCUGCCUCAUGCACUUUCGAAGGUUCGAAGAUUCCCUAAACAAGAGCAGCUCACCAUGCGGGGACUUUUACCAGUUUGCGUGCGGCUCGUGGCGCCCUCUCGUGGCCGGGGCGCAGACCGCCCUGCGAGACCUGCUGGCUGUGUCGCAGAUGGACGCCAUUCGGUUCCUCGGCGCAGCGCACAACGUUGACAUGAAGCGGCCCACGGGAGGAAUCCUCGCCAAGGAACCCACGGCGUUGCCGCGCAACCGCGCCGAGCGUGCGUACCGUGUCUGCCUGUACAGUCAGUACGGAGACGUGUCCCUGCUGCACCAGUUCCUCGCCAACCGGUCGUUGUCGUGGCCAGAGAAACCCACGACGUCCGCGAACCCGCUCGACGUGCUCCUCGACCUGGACAUGAACUGGAAUCUCGGCCUGUGGUUUUCCGUGCGGGUCUCGCCGAUGCCGGGCCACAACCGACGACAGGUGCGCGUCGAGCCAGGCCUCGUGUCCACCUCCUGGAAGAAAGGCCUGGAUGCCCUGGUGCUUCGCGGAGUGUACAACGCCCGAGUGCGCCGUUUUUACGACCUGAUGCGCACCAGCAACUUCGUUCCCAUGAGUGACAAGGAUCUGGAAGCUCUCCGCCACGACGAGUACGCUGUCGCUGGCGCACUGUCCGAAGCAGCAAACCGUGGCCAAAGCGAGCUAGCCUUCCAGCUAAAGCAGAUUCCGAAGAUAGCCACGCCACGAAUCACGGCCGCCCAGUGGGCAGCGUCCCUGAACCGCCACCUGAAGUUGACGCACAGGGUCACUGAUGCCGACCGCGUGCUGGCGACCAACGUGAAGUUGUUGCAAGCGGUCGACGGUCUUCUAGAGUCGCUGGCGGCCGAGACAGUGCUGUACCAGCUCGGAUGGGCGGUGGUGCAGCUGUUGGGCUGGAUGGCCGACCCCACGCUCCCUGGAAGGCCGGUAGCCGCACGUCUGGUGGAACACCGGCACGCCGAUUGCUUCUGGGCGGCCAACAGGGCCUUCGGACUGCCCUUCCUCUCCAGCUACAUCAGCACCAAGUAUCCGCCACGCGUCCGGUCCGAAGUGGACGACGUCCUCAUGGACGUCACACAGGCGGCCAUCGGCCUGUUCAUGAGGGCGUCCUGGAUCGACGCUGAGACGCGUGAGGCGGCUGUGGAGAAGCUGCGCCGAGUGAACACGUCACUGUGGCCGCCGGGCGGCUUACUCAACGCCUCCGAGACGGAAGCCUUGCUGGAGCACUUUCCGGAGCCCAGGGACGACGUCUUCCGCUACUGGCUGGACGCCCUGGAAGUUAGGAGGAGUCUGCUUAGGAGGAAGGACAUGGAACGAGCCCUGCACAGCGAGGACGUGCAAGCGCAGCGGGCUCUGUUCAGGUACCACUACUACACCAACGAGCUGUCCGUCUCACUCCAUGCCCUCAGCAGCCCACUCUUUGUGGAAGGCGGUGGCCGUGCCGUCAACAUGGCCGGACUGGGAGCGCAGUAUGCGGCGGCGCUUGCGAGGGCCUUCGACUCGCGCGGCGUACUGCUCGAGGGCCAUGGCGGCACCUCAUCAGGCCUCUGGUGGAGCAGGUCCUCGUACCACGAGUACGAGCAUAGGACUGGUGCCUGCGCGGGGGAAGCCCACGGAGAGGUCUCUCUUGUCGGCGACCUGGAGCCCUUCGAAGGCGUUGCUGCGCUAGAGAUAGCGUACGCGGCCUUCAGCGCAACCCGAUGGAUGAGCGACAGUGGACGGCACACGCGGCGCAGCUUCCUGGGCUUGAGCGAGGCGCAGGCGUUCUUCGUGUCGUUCUGCCAGGCGCACUGCGCCCGCGAACCCACGGAUCGCCACCGGCUCUCCUGCACGCUGCCGCUGAGGAACUUUCGCGGCUUCGCGGCAGCCUUCGCGUGCCCGGCUGGAUCGCCGAUGAACCCGGCCAAACGGUGCGGCUUCUUCGAGAGCGACCGACCAGCCGUCUCAACUCCUGGCGCUCUCACGACGCAGCCGGCUAAGCGCGACACCAGUGCCUCCGGCGACACCGUGUCGCUGGCGUCCACGCCGUUAGGCGCAAGCGUUUUCUGACGCCAAUGGCGCGACGCGAUUAUUGCUCCAUAUUGCCUGGAGCUCGUGAAACGCCGUGAUCGCUCUCGCCCUACCAUGCUGAGCGAAUUAUAUAACGCCGUAUUGAUAAAAAUAUGUUUGAUUAU